AAGUUGUGUUGUUUUGUGCUAUAUAUUUACAUCGUCAUUCAUUUUAGCAUCGGUCGGAUGAAACUAGCGCACUUCAGUGAAAGAAUCGAAAGAAAAAUAUCAUCCUACCGUUUUCGAGUAAAGUUUCGUCAUUUUACACAAAGUGUAAAAAGAACAACCCGGAAGUCAAAAAUUAUCAAACGCAACCGAACUUUUCUCGUUCCGUCUCAGGGAAAAAAUCCAACGAUGUUUCAGUUCAACGGAUUCAACAUGAUGUUUCCGGACCAUUCCCGUCCGUUCAACACAACCUACAAGUGCUACUCGGUUUCGAUGCUGCCCGGAAACGAGCGCCAGGAUGUGGAGAAUGGAGGAAAAAUUAUAAUGCCACCGUCAGCAUUAGAUCAGUUGACCAGAUUAAACGUGGAAUAUCCGAUGUUAUUCAAAUUGACCAAUAACAAAAUCAAUCGAAGCACACACGCUGGCGUGUUGGAAUUUGUCGCAGACGAGGGAAAAAUCUACAUCCCAUAUUGGAUGAUGCACAAUCUACUGCUGGAGGAAGGUGACAUCGUGCAGAUCGAAAGUGUCAGCAUUCCAGUGGCAACGUACUCAAAAUUCCAGCCGCAGAAUGUCGAGUUUCUGGACAUCACCAACCCGAAGGCGGUGCUGGAAAAUUGCUUGCGAAAUUUUGCCUGCCUCACCACGGGAGAUCUGAUCGCAAUCAAGUACAAUAACUGCUCGUUCGAAUUGUCUGUGCUGGAAACGAAACCCGGUCCAGCUGUAACCAUAAUCGAGUGUGACAUGAACGUAGAGUUUGCUCCACCGGUCGGUUAUACCGAACCGAACAAGAGAGAUAAAGAGGAUGAACCGAUGGCAGUCGAUCCGGCAGAGUUGAUGCCGGAACCGGCCGGAUUUGUGGCAUUCAAAGGUGCCGGGACGCGGCUGGAUGGGAAGAAGAAGAAGGAAGGUGGAUCCAGUGAGACUACGCCAGCACAUCGGGUGAACUAUGUGCGAGGAAUUCCGGAUUACGAUCACCCGUUCGGUUUGCUGCGGUUCGAUCGAACCCUGCGGAAGGUAGAAACGAACGAUAGCAAAACCGAGGAGGAUACGUUCAAGGCGUUCCAGGGGGAAGGGUUUAGCCUGAAGAAGAGUCGAAAAUGAGCGGGCGAGGGGCGCAUUUUAUUUUCAGUUGUAAUUUUCUAAUAUGCGUACUUUGAAUAAAUUAAUCAAUCUAUUGCGUGAUAUGUGCUAAUAA